AUGUGGGGUAAAAUAGUUAGCAGUGUAUCGAACGCACUAGACUUCAACCAGGCUACAUUAAGUGGUUGCAUUGAUAUAAUCUGUAUCGAAUCAGAAAUUGAAAAUAAGUUAAAAGGUGACAAUAAAUUAAAUGUUACUUAUAAAUCUACUCCAUUUCAUGUAAGAUUUGGAAAAACAAAAUUGUUAAGAUCAAAAGAAAAAAUAGUUAGCAUUUUAGUAAAUGGAAAGAGUACAAAUUUACAUAUGAAAUUAGGAAGUGCAGGGGAAGCGUAUUUUGUUGAAAAAACAUAUGAAGAUGUUGAAGAAGAAUUAGAAACAUCUCCAUUGUCAUCCCCACGUUAUGAAUAUCAUGAUUUAUAUAUUGAUCAACAUAUUGAUAGCUGUAGUAUCAGUGAUUCAUUAAAUAAUUUUAAAAGUGAUGAAGAUGAUUCCGAUAAAUUUUCUGUUCAUAACCUUACAGGGGAAAGAAGAAAAUCAGUAGAUUUAAAUUAUAAGUUAGAAAAAAAUAAAGGAAAGAAAAAAAGCAAUACUGAAAUUAAUAGUAAAAGUGACAACAAUCUUGUUAAUAAAGAUGGAAAGGAACAAGAAAAAAAAAAAAAAAAAUCUUUAGUACAUCGCCCAAGUGAACUUAUGGAGGAUGGGAUUGUCCAUAAAAGAAAGACAAAAGAGGAUGAACAAAAUGCAAAUUCGGAAUGGUCUUGGUCAUGGGGUAGAUUACCACAUUUAAAAACGCAUGAUUAUGUCUCUGACAAUUGUACAGUUAUUUCUUCAAAUAAUAAGAAUAAAAAAAAAACAAAAGUAAAAAAAUAUUAUAAUGUGAGUGAAUCAGUGCAUGACCAUUCUUCAUCAAAAGAAAAUGAAGAAUGUGUUCGUAAAAGAAAUUUUAGCGAAUCGAAUGUAAGAAGAGAAACUGUUCAUAUAGAUAAAGAUAUUAAAAAUUAUAAUCCUACAAAUAAAAAAACAAAGGAUAAUAAUAAUAAUAAUAAUAAUAAUAAUAAUAAUAAUAAUAAUAAUAAUAAUAAUAAUAAUAAUAAUAAUAAUAAUAAUAAUAAUAAUAAUAAUAAUAAUAAUAAUAAUAAUAAUAAUAAUAAUAAUCAUAAUAAUAAUCAUAAUAAUAAUAAUCAUAUUAGUAAUAACAAUAAUAAAAACAAUAGUAAUAAUAAAGACAAUAAAUCAGAUCAUUUAAGAAAAGAAUCGAAAAACAAAAAUAGCACAGACAAUUUUAAUACCUUGAAACAAAACUUAAAUAAAGAUCGAAAAAAUAGUGAUCCAGUAAAAAAAACAGCAAAUUUUACGCACCUUAUCGUAGAAAAGAGAAAAACAAGUGAAUGUGCGCCAAAUGUAGAUAGAGAAAAUCAUGACAAUAGUAAUCACAUCAAUAGUAAUAACAACAGUAGUAAUCACAUCAGUAGUAAUCACAUCAGUAGUAAUCACAUCAGUAGUAAUCACAUCAGUAGUAAUCAUAAUAAUAGUAACAAUAAUAGUAACAAUAAUAGUAACAAUAAUAGUAAUAGCAACACGGGCGCGCAGAAGGACGUUGUCAAAUCAGACAUGAAAAAGAAAAGGGACAGUGAGAAGAGGGUGGAAAAAGUGGGGAAGGAUGAAGAAAAAAAAGUGAGUCACAAUGAGGGUGAAAAUAUCACCAAAGCGGACUUGGAAAAGGAAAAGAAAAAAAUGAUAGAUAAGUUAAAACAAAAGAUGAGAGAAAAAUCAAAGAAAAGGGAAGCUGAAAAAGAGACUGAGAAGAGCACUGUAAAAUCACACAAAAACUUAAAGGCAUUUUCAGAAGACUAUGCUGAUGGCGAGAUUGAGUCGAACGACGAAAAUAGUUAUCAUGGUUAUUCGAAAGAUGAACAAUAUAAUUCCUUUGAUGAUGACAUUCAAAAUAGAAUAGAAUGCAGUUUGUGUGGACACUUAUUACUUAACCAAAAUGUAGACAACGAACACAACGAUUAUAAUAUAGAAAUACAUAAUAAAAACAUAUUCGAAGCAAAUAUAGUUACAUACGAACAAAUAGAUAAAAAUUCUAAUUUAUGGUAUCACCCAUCUCUUGUUUUUCGAUUUGACAAAAAAGAUCCCUACUACCCAUCAAGGGUUGCAUUACCCUUAUUAGCAUCAUGGGUCGUAUUCAAUCAACCCCUUUCAAUUUUAGCAGUAGAAAAAUUAUUAAAUUCAUCCUUAACAUUAAUGGAAAUAAAAGAUAAAAGCUGGAGAAACUGGUUUGGUGUUUCCAGUGUUGAGUAUGAUAAUAGUGUUAAUAAAAAAAAUGCAAACAAAGACACAAAAGCACUUAAUGAAGAUAAAAAAAAUAAAGAAGAAAAAACAAAAAGUAAAACUCAUGAUAAUGAAUUACGUGAAUUUAGAGAUAGUCAAGUUAAAAGAAGUAUACAAAGCUCGUUAAAUAAUCAAAGCGAAAUAAGUAAAAAGAGUUUAAGACAUAAUAAUGAAAGAAUAAAAAUACGAUAUCGAAAAUCAUUAAGACCAACGUCUGAACAGUUACAGUCAUUAAAUUUGAAAGAAGGAGCUAAUACUAUUACAUUUUUAGUUACUUCUUCUUUACAAGGAACUAAAAGUAUUAAUGGUAAUAUAUAUCUUUGGAAAAAAAAUGCGAAAAUUGUUAUAUCAGAUGUUGAUGGUACAAUAACAAGGUCAAAUGUAUUAGGGCAUAUCAUGCCAAUAGUAGGUAAGGAUUGGUCCCAUGUAGGAGUUUCACAAUUAUUUAAUAAAAUUAAUAAUAACGGUUAUCACAUUUUGUAUUUAACUGCUAGAGCUAUAGGUCAGGCAGAUUCUACUAGAGAAUAUUUAUUUAGAUUUAAAAGAAAUGAUAAUAAUAAACUACCAGAUGGACCAUUAAUAUUAAGCCCAGACAGAUUUUUUCCUUCCCUUAAAAGAGAAGUUAUUGAUAAAAAACCAUAUAUUUUUAAAAUUACAGCUUUAAGAGAUAUACGUAAUUUAUUCCCAUUGAAUCAUAACCCUUUUUAUGCAGCUUUUGGAAAUACAGAGAGUGAUCAUCGGGCUUACAUAUCUGUUGGUGUUCCAGAAGCUAAGGUUUUCAUCAUUGACAACAGAGGCAUUGUUCACCAUGUCAACUCCACUUAUGCGAAAACCUACGAAACAAUGAGCGAAAUAACCGAGCACAUGUUUCCAUGUAUUAAAAAUGAUAAGAAAAGAGAGGAUGAUGAUCAAUACAACUCCUUUCAAUACUGGAAAAUUAACAGCCUAACUUAUUAUGAAAAGUAUAUGAACCUUAGCGAUAGUAGCUAG